UUAGUUUUACUUCCAUUACUUGAUGAAUUGACCUUCACAACUAACAAGAUGUCUCUUGCGCGAGUGGGUUUUGUGCGGCACGCUUUGAAAAAUGCUGUUAAAAGACCAGCGAAACAGCAGAAGAGGGAUUGUGGCUUUGUUCAAAGACAAACAGAUAGUGUAAAAGAAGCUGCCCAUGACUUUUACAUACCAGAAUAUAGAGUUGAAUACAAAUCCCAAAUAAGAAAUGUAAUACUCAGAACUAUUCCAUUUGUGGGCACUUGUUUGGGAAUGGCUUAUCUGACUGAGGAACAUGGCCAUGGUCGUGUGGAAUACAUGCCGUACGACUACAUGUACAUAAGGAAAAAUGCCUUCCCCUGGGGAGAUGGAAACCAUUCCUUUCUCCAUCAUCCUUUGAACAACUGCCUACCUGAAGGAUGGCCAGCUGAUGAAGAAUGAACCAUUGAAAUACGUGGACAUUCAAUGGAGGAAGCUUUCAAAGAACGUGUUUAUGAAUAGGUGAUGCCAUGUAACAUCUGGCUAAAGCAUUUUGAACGUAAUGAUAAGUUCAUAAAGUGGAUCAAUAUACAUUUUCAGAAUACAUAACUUUAAAUCUUUGAUUUGUGGUUGAAUAAAUACUUUCUGGUUUUA